UCUUUAAACUCAUCGAGUUGUUUUAUUGUUAUUGCAGUGCGAAAAGCAUAAUUAUGGGUUUUAAGGCGCGUUGUUUCCUUUACGCACUUCCUUCCCGAGCAUCUGUCUCCCAAUCCAUCAAACCUCCCCCCUUGAAGGUUCUUAUCGGUCUUUGAUUUUAGGCAGUAUAAAAAAGCCGACCGGCUCUCAGGUCUGCAGCCGAGGCAUCAUCUUUCUUCAGAGUGAACAUCUCAUCCCAUCCUCACAGAAAUGUCCAGAAAAGUUAUGUUGGUCUUUGUGCUGUUGGUGGCGUUGAUCAUCUCCAACUCUGCGGCCUCACCUCAGAGGGCCGCGGCCGGGCAGGCGAAGGGAGCGGACGUCCUGCAGCGGCUCCUGGCCAAGAGGGAGGAAGCGAGGGAGGCGUCGGCGACCCGGGCGGAGAGACGGGCGCACCUGUCCGAAGACGAGCGGGAGAUAAUGACCAAGCAGGUCAUGCAAGCCAUCGCAGAGGUGAUGAACUCUGACUGCAUGCUGGGCCGCGACUACCAGGGCUGGGUGGACUUUGGACGCAGGGACGCAGCGGAGUGAGGAGGGACGGCGUCCGUCCUGGUUUUUGUUCACGAUGUGCA